AUGGGUGUCCGGGAGUCGGAGGGUUCCGAUGAGUCGAGUGGAUCGGAUCACCCGGCCAAGGAGAGUGUAAUUUCCAGAUCAGUGACCGUUCAGUAUUGA